UAUAAGACAACUGACAAGUGUCAUGGCUCCAAACUUUGUUGGCAAAUGUUAGUAACUGUAUUAAAUCACUAAAUAAUUUAUUUUGUUUAGUACAAGUGAAUAAAGUGACGUUUUAAUGUAAAUGACGUGCAUCUUACCGGAAUCACCGAGGACGACGACCUUUACUUUCUCAAUAGCAGCCAUUCACAGGUAUUAUGACCGAGGAACGACUAGUGACUGAAGUGCCCAGUAGUUUGAAACAGCUCGCUCGGCUCGUCGUGCGAGGCUUCUACACCAUAGAAGAUGCCUUGAUAGUUGACAUGUUGGUCAGAAAUCCUUGUAUGAAGGAAGAUGAUAUUUGUGAACUCCUGAAAUUUGAACGAAAAAUGUUGAGAGCUAGAAUAGCUACUUUGAAAAAUGAUAAAUUUAUUCAAGUGCGUCUCAAAAUGGAAACUGGUGCGGACGGCAAAGCACAAAAGGUGAACUACUAUUUCAUAAACUACAAAACGUUCGUGAACGUGGUAAAGUACAAACUGGACCUGAUGCGCAAACGCAUGGAGACGGAGGAGCGCGACGCCACCAGUCGCGCCAGCUUCAAGUGUCCGGCCUGUGGGAAAACGUUUACUGAUCUUGAGGCUGAUCAGCUAUACGAUAUGAUGACACAAGAGUUCAGAUGCACUUUCUGUAGUGAAGUAGUUGAGGAGGAUCAGUCAGCUCUCCCGAAGAAAGACUCGAGGCUCCUGCUAGCGAAGUUCAACGAGCAACUGGAGACACUCUACAUACUGCUGAGGGAGGUUGAAGGCAUCAAGUUGGCACCGGAAAUAUUGGAACCUGAACCUGUGGACAUCAACACAAUCCGAGGCUUAACAUCAAAGCAGCCGUUGAACAGGCCACCAGGCGACCAAUGGUCGGGCGAGGCCACGCGCAACCAGGGUCUGGCCGUCGAGGAGACCAGAGUGGACGUCACCAUCGGCGACUCCGACAACGCCACCGACGCCUCCAUGCUGCGCAAGGAACGGCCAGUAUGGAUGGUGGAGAGUACAAUCGUCAACAACGAUCAGAGCGACAGUGUGCAUUCCACGGACGCGGCGCUGGAGAAGGCGGCCAGCAAUGCGGCCGGCAGCAAGGCGGCGGGCAAGGAGAAGAACGACGACAUCAUGUCUGUGUUGCUGGCGCAUGAGAAACAGAACACUGGUAACAAUGCAGCUAGUGCUCUGAAGGGCGCUGAACCAGACAGUUCUGAUUCCAGCGACAAUGAAUCUAAAGAUCCGUAUAAACUCAAAGAUGAACUGGCUGCCGUUGCUGAAAUGGAAAGCGAGGACUCCGAGGUGGAAGACAAUGCUCCGACGGUGCUGGUGAACGGCAAGCCUGUGGCCCUGACGAGUGUGGACGAUGACGUCAUCGCACUCAUGUCCCCCACGGAGAAGGAGACCUACAUACAAGUGUAUCAAGAGUACUACAGCCAUAUGUACGACUAGUAGCUUUAAGAAUUAACAAUAAAUGUUUCUGACUAA